CUGAAUUAAUUCUGCUUCAGCUCUUGUUGUUGUGGUGUGCUGCAGUAUUGCUCCAUGGCUGCAGCGAUGUCUCUGAGUACAACCUUCCAACUAUACGGCCAACAGAUAGACACAAACUGGCCUAAAACACCCAAAGGAAAAGAGUAUUUUUCAAGCAUUGUGAGGAAGGGGAAAAGGAGAAUUUAUGGGUUUCUGGAGAGGCCAUCGCUUCCGCCAAACUUGAUUCCUGAUGUGGUUUCUUACAAAGUGAUUUUGAGGGGAAAGGCUGGAGUUGGAAAGACGAGUACGAUUGCAAAGCUUGUAGGGUUGCAAGUUCCGACAUCACACAGUGAAACACCAGGAAUUGUAUCAUCGGUAGUUUUUUGGCCAGCGAAGCUGCUACACUCUGAUAAAGUACUGCUCUUCCGGCUUCAGUUUUGGGAUGCAGGGGAAAAUGCCAUCAAGAAGUUUGACCACAUUCUGCCUGCAUGCAAGGCUGAUGCAGACGCAACUCUAAACCUCUUCUCUUUCACGGAUCGACAAAGUUUUGAAGAUCUAAGGACACAGAUGUCUCAGUCGGCUCAAUCUGGCGACCGAGUUAUACGCAUUGUUGUUGGAACCAAGUACGAUCUUUACAGCAACAGCGAAAUCACGUCGCGGGAGCUCCAAGAUUUCCAAGAUCAGUGGACAGUCCCGAUACUAAAGAUUAAAAACGUCAGCAAACCUGCGGGGAAUGAUCUCUUGUACUCUGUAGACACGAUGCAAGAAAUUAACGAGGUAUCGACAGUCAUGAAUAGUCUUGUGGAUUAUAUUUGGACGCAGAAGAAAAUUGCGUCUGGUGAAUUGAAACCUGAGGAUCUGAGGAGGACAGGAGUAGAUGGAGGGAGUGAGGAGGUGCAAUCAGAUGAAGCAUCUUAUGUUUGAAAUUUGGAAAAAAUCUGCCGUGUAAACUUUCCGUUCUUGUAGGAGCACUUCUAAACCCUGAAUGCCUUGCCAGGCCUGUAUGCUUCGGUUUUGAAAGGGCAAGGGCACCAAGGCAUUUUCUCCUUGGUAAAUCGCCUCUGCCCUCCGUUGCCUCUGUGAUGUGAAGUGUCGGGCAGGCCUUGCAAUAAAUCAUUGUGCAAGUGCAAACAUGCGAGGGGCAGGGCCAGAACUUACACAUGUAAACAAACUAGAUUGACAAAAAUGUCCCUAAAACAUAGGAAUUGAACUGCCUCUAGAUACCGGGCGGGCAAUCUCGGUGUUCCAAAAAGACACUGCUCGAGAAUUGAAAAGUUUGAGGGUUCGAAUCCCUCCCGAGUUGUAUGCUUGUGAUAUUUUUUUUUCAAAAAAAUCGGGAAAAGUACUGAGUACGUGUAUACAGUGCUAACAGUUACACCCAUUGGUGUAAAGAUAAAACCAAAAUUAGUAUUCCCUAAAAAACUAUCCCCGAUGAUGCAAAUUUAACAACUGUUAAAAAUAUACAUUAUUCAAAAUCUUGUAUCUUUUCAGCAAAAGCAAGAUACAAAACUAAUGCUUUGAAAACUCCUCCUUAGUGAAACUGUGUCGGUUAAACAAAACAUAAUUUUGCCUUAUUGUUUCUCUGUUCACCUGUGGGAGGAUGCUGGUCAGCGGCUUAACUAGAUUUCUAAUUGUUUCUUUUACUUAUGAAUGGUGAGUACAAAUCGAGUAAUUAAAUUUGUUGUAAUAUUUUCUGUAUUUUGUUUCUUCCUCAUGUGAUGUGGAAUAAAAAAAAUUGGAAUAAAAUUUCAAUCAUAUUCUUACUUUUUCCAUA